GGGGGGAGGUGGGGGGCCGUCAGGAGAAAGGGUGGCUGGAGGUGGAGAACAAUAGAUGAAUCAGAUUUGGAACAAGGGGAUGAGAAAGGGAAGUUUGAUGAGUUGGUUGAGGACAAGGGUGUGAAGAUAUUAAUUGAUCCAAAGGCUCUAAUGCAUGUCAUAGGAACCAAGAUGGAUUUUGUUGAUGACAAACUCAGAUCUGAAUUCAUAUUUAUCAAUCCAAAUUCUAAAGGGCAAUGUGGCUGUGGGGAAUCUUUUAUGACAACUAGUAGUGCAGAAGCUGCAAAGCAUGAUGCUGAACUUCAACAUAUUGGCUACCUGGUGGGCGCUGCCUUGCACUUGGCAGAACAGAUUGGUCACUGGAUGGUCUUGGCUGAUGUUAACUGCCAUUGCUGCCAGCUACUGCUCUCUAGAGGUGGCCAUCAGAUGUCUGCUUGGAAU